AUGAGUUAUGAUCCUAUACAUGAUACAUACACUGCGUCCACUUCUAGUCAGCAGCAGCAACAACAACAACAACAACAACAACAACAACAACAACAAUCGUCACCACCUUUAUUAUCAACCCACAUACAUGCAACAGGAUCUUCUCCACCAUCGAUAAGUCAAUUAAUAAGCCCAAACAUGCAACCAUCACACACUGAUUUAAAUCAACCUCAACAUCAAUUAGCUGAACAAGAACAAACUAUUCCUUCUUUGAUGUUACCACAACCUGAUGAACACAAGCCAACUGUUCAUACACUGGGUGGUGGUGGUGGUGGUGGAGCACUAUCGAUUUCUAACCUUGUUUCAUCUUCUACUAAUGAAGUUCCUUCACUGGCAGGGAUACCGCCAAUUACAUCGACUCAUACUUCACUGCACAAAAUGAAUUCUAUUUCCAGUUUAAUAAACUCGCCACCAGAGCAAAAUGAUGAUACAGGAGACGACGAUUAUGAUGAAACAGACGUCAAUUCAUCAGUUGUAGGAGAUGAUGAAGAAUAUGUGGCCACACCACCACCAUCAACAAAACAUUCCAAAUCACAUAAAUCUUCCCUGAGUAAAAAGAAAAAGAAAAAUAAUAUCGCCAAUGCUAAAUUGUCUUUGAAAAGAGCUGACGGUGAAGCUUUUUGGCGUAAAGAUAUACAAUAUGAUUUUUUGAAAGAAUUAUUUGAUGAUGAAACUGCUUGCUUUACCAAUACUUUCCCUGAAUCAAACAUUGUAAAUUGCAACAAUAAUCCGAAAAUUACAUUUGGUGAAUUGUACAUACGUACUUUAGCAGAAUCAAAUAAAUCGUCCCGAGUAUUGAAAGAAAAACUAAUUAGAGAUAAUGAAUUGGGCAAGGCAGUGGCGAAAGUUUGUAUUUUAGUCAAUGUUGGAAGAAUGAAUACAACAAUUAACUUUGUCCCGGAAAUGAAAUCAACAUUAAGAACAUAUCAUUCUAUUCCUUCAUUACAAACUUGUCGUGAAGGUGGUACUGUUAAGCAAUUGCAAGAUACUCCACGAUUAAAAUCCAUUUUGAAAGCAGUAUGUGAAGGUGAAGAGAAUAAUUUGAAUUUUCUUGAUGAUAUGAUGAAAAAUCCCCCAAACGAAAAACCUAAUACCAAUGUUAUACAAUUAUUGUUUUUAUUAAGUAAUGCUGUUCAUGGAGUACCAUUUUUAACUGAUCAAAAAAAUAGUCAUUUAUUGGAUUUCUUUAUCAACACUAAGAUUCAUCCCGCAAAUCGAGCUAAACGGUUGCUUUGGUUGUUAUAUACCUUUUUAGAAACAGAUUUUUCUGAAAGUGCUUUGCAUGGCAAUCCAUUUGGUGCUGAUACCAUUCCACCAAUUCAAUGGUUAGAUGAAUCAGAAAUUAAAAAAUUUGAUAUUGAUCCUGAUUAUGAAAGAUAUUAUGCUGAUGAAAUGUUUAAAGCCAGAAUGCAAUAUUUGGCAAAUCCUGAUGAUGAACAGUAUAAGGAGCAUUCUAGAAGGUCACAUGGCUAUGGUCAUUUAAAGAAAAGAGAUGCUGAAGAUCAUGACGCAAGCGAAGGAGAAGAAUUUGAUGAUAAAAAGAAAAAACCUGUUGUUCCAUUGAAGAAGAAAUUGAAACGCAACAAUCCUGGCACACCAUCCCCAUUAUCGAAGAAUGUUAUAACGUUUCAUGACAAACGAAAUCGUAAUAUUAAAAGUGGAGAUAUUUUGAAUUUUGAUUUGGAAGAUGGUAUUCAUUUCCCGGUAAAAGGAUUGAAAGAAUUAACAGCAAGAUAUCAAUCACCCAAAUUUAUGAAUCAUUCACCCGAUGAACUUGAAUCAGUUAAACAUCGUCGUGAAAUCGUCGAGUUAUCUAAACCAAUGGUUCAAGAAGUCCGGACUUCUUCAAAAGCCAGUACUGCUUCAUUCAACAAGAAAAUCACCAUAUUGGGUAAUUGGUUAUAUCGAUAUUUCAAAUACAAGAAAUCUAUUGGGAAUCGAUUAGUUGGUAUUGAAUGGGAGGAUAUUAGAUAUGAUUUGGUUCAUGGUGUUGAGAGUUAUUUAUAUGAAAACUUUGGGAAAUCAUUGAUUUUGGAUAAAAUGUUGUCUACACAUUAUACUGGAGUUGAAGGAAAGGAUGGUUCAGAUAAGAAUGGGGUGGUUGCUAAUGGAGGAAAUACUACGGGUAGAUUUGAAGAAGAGGAAAAUGAGGUUUAUUUCGAUUAUGUACCACUGAGAGAUUAUGACAAGGCCAAUGAAAAACAGAGCUUUAUUCUACAUUUAACUAGUUUUGUCAAUGACUGGUUCAUAUUAAGAUUGAAAAAGAAUGCUUCUUUAACUCAAGCAAGCAAAAUACUGAUUGAUCUUGAUAAUGAGACUGUUCAUAUGUCAUAA